GCGCGGCGGCGGGGCUCUCCAUGGCCGCGCCGGAGGCGGCAGCGCGGAAGCGGCGGCUGAAGGGGCAUUUCGCGGCUCGCGCCAAGCGGCCCCGCGGCGGCGGGCGGCAGCUGGAGGCCGGCAUGCGCGGCAUCCUCAUCACCUGCAACAUGAACGAGCGCAAGUGCGUGGGGGAGGCCUACAGCCUGCUGGGCGAGUACGGGGACCUGCUGUACGGCCCCGAGCAGCUCUCGGAGCCCGCGGAGCGGCUGUCGGGGAGCGAGCGGGAGGAGGACGAGGAGGAGGACGACGCGGAGGCGGCGCUGAGGAAGGAGGUCGGACAGAUCCGCGCCUGCACCGAGCGGCAGCUGCGGCGUUUCCAGUCGGUGGAGAGCGGCGCCAACAACGUCGUCUUCAUCCGCACCCGCGGCAUCGAACCUGAGAACCUGGUGCACCACAUAUUAAAGGACAUUCAUACCACUAAAAAGAAGAAAACCAGAGUCAUUCUGCGCAUGCUGCCCAUUUCUGGAACUUGCAAGGCUUUUCUGGAAGAUAUGAAAAAAUACACAGAAACGUUUUUUGAGCCUUGGUUUAAAGCCCCCAAUAGGAGUACUUUCCAGAUCGUUUACAAAGCUCGUAAUAACAGUCAUAUGAAUAGAGAAGAAGUAAUUAAGGAGCUGGCAGGAAUUGUGGGCAGUCUUAAUCCAGAAAACAAGGUUGAUCUCAAUAAUCCACAGCAUACAGUUGUGGUGGAAAUAAUAAAGAAUGUUUGUUGCUUGAGUGUGGUGAGAGACUAUGUUCUAUUCAGAAAAUACAAUCUACAGGAGGUGGUGAAGAGCAACAAAGAAGACAUGCAACAAAACCCAUCAAAUAUGUCUGAAGAACAGAACUCAACAGCCGUAAAACCAGAAACCAUGGAAAAGAACUUGAAGCAAGUAAUACAAGAACAAGAGUGAUGGUGCGAUGGAAGCUGAACUCCACGGGCAUUAUAUGCAAACAGUGUAGAAAAUGUGGUAGGAAGGGAAAAUGGACACAAUAGAAGCCUAUUAAAAAUACUGCCUGAGAAUUUGGAAAGGAUGUUUUAAGGAAAAGUGGGUUUUGUUUUGGAAUCUUGCUUUUAAAAUCCACACGGAAGAAUUGCAAUGCUUGCUGCAGGUGGAGCUGAUGCUGCUGUGGAUUUCCAAGUGCUACACCUCUGGUGACGUUUGCUGCCAUCCUUCAGCAGCUUUGUUCAGUCUUUAGCUAGCACCAAAGUGUGCUUACAUGCAUGCAUCUAUAAAGGCUGCCAGCCUGCCGUACACUGAACCUUCUGUCCUAUCUGAUGGCUACAGAAAUCAGAAGGCAGCGCAGGAUGAGCUCUGUCAGGAGGCGUCAUCAGAAGUGACAGACCUGAACAAGACAGUUGUCUGGAGAGGGUUUUUAGGGAAGUGAUCUGACAACUUGGGGCUGCAGAACUCAAAUCUAUAUUUCUACAUGAACAACAACGUGAGCUCAAAAUCCUGAUUAUGUUUUUUUCCUGUGUGUAUCUCUGAAAGAAUAUGAUAAGUCUUGAAAGAGCAUUGGGACAAUUGCUAUGAUCAAAGUACUUGAAUUCUAAGAGAGGAUUCAGUGUAAUAGACAGGACUGCUCUAGAACAGAGGUACAGUGCAGGCGUUGCAGAUGAUUUCAGGAAAAGUGUGUGUACAUCAGCUGUGUAUGCAGCAGUUAUCAGCUUGCAGCAAAUGCUGCAUGCAGCCACUUAACAGAAUCCUUCCCAAUAAUUUAUUGCAAAUAGGUGUUCGUUGGGGUCUUUUCAAAAGCAUCAUCCUUGGGAGCAAAGUUGUGAGAUCUUUGUUUUUAUUUUUUCUUAGAUCUCAAAAUUUGGAUUUAAAAACUGCUUGGAAAUUUCUUAUGAGGAGCUCUCUGCUGUGCCAUAUUGGAUAAGGGGAUAUGAGCUUGGCUUUUUCUACCAAAACAUUCACAACAUUCAUUUUGUUCCGUAUUGAAAAUGAAUGUCAGUGGAUUUUCUGUUGUCAGUUUGUUGUGGCAGUUCUUGAUAUCACCGUGACUUUAAAGCAAACCAGGCCAAAGAGUGUAGAUACAGCCUGCUUUCUGAGGGGGGCUGGAGCACUCUUCCUGCACAACUGCCUAGCGUCAGUGUUCCAUUUGUAAUGCAGAUGCUUGUGGGUUGCUCAUGGGAAAAGCCUGUGCUGAAGAACACUGCUUGUUCCUUCCCUGAUUUAACAGGAAUGAUUUGUUCGGGUCUCUCAAUAGUGUUUCCAUUUUCCUCUUCUCUCAAAACUGUUACAGAAGUGGAAAUUUAAGAGGGCUUUUUCUCUUGUCCAGUCUUCCUUAUCACUUGGUUAUUAAAGAUAUGCUUUCUUACCUC